UCGUCACCAUCAUCGCUCCUUCCACAACCGAGCUAGGAAAAGAAAGCAGCAAUUGCUUUCUCUCUCUAGACCCGCCUAUUCAAUUUUGUGGCAUCCGCAAAAAGUCUGAAACCCACUACGCCAAUCGAUUCCAAACACAAUAAGCCCUAGAAAAUUCCACUCUCAUACAACCAGGUGAGGCCUCUGUUUCUGUACCCACAAUAAUAAUCCCAUCUCAUCUUACAGAUUUUUUGCAAGGGGACCUCAUGGCGCUCAUAUCUCGGGCAGGUCCAUCGUGCUGCAUUCGUACCGAGACUGUACAAUGUAAAGCUGGACAUAGUGUGGCCUUUAACAUGGUAAACAAUAUGGAGAUAUCCAAAUUGAAGGAACCUUGCAUUGGCUUGCCUUCUUUAUCAUGGAGUUCCACAAAGACAAUGCAGGGUUUGCAUUUAGAUAGUGCUCGAGGGGGAUGCAAACGAGGGCAUCGUGCAAUUGUCGCUGCAAGCCCUCCUACGGAGGAUGCUGUAAUUGCUACAGAACCACUGACAAAAAAGGACCUUGUGGCAUACCUUGCUUCUGGGUGCAAGACUAAGGAGAAUUGGAGAAUAGGUACAGAGCAUGAAAAGUUUGGUUUUGAAAUUGAUACUUUACGCCCCAUGAAGUAUGAACAAAUAGCAGAUUUGCUCUAUGGUAUUUCUGAGAGAUUUGAAUGGGAUAAAAUAAUGGAGGGUGACAAAAUUAUCGGACUCAAACAGGGGAAACAAAGCAUAUCAUUGGAACCUGGAGGUCAAUUCGAGCUUAGUGGAGCACCUCUUGAGACUUUGCAUCAAACUUGUGCUGAGGUCAAUUCACACCUUUAUCAGGUUAAAGCUGUUGCUGAGGAAAUGGGAAUCGGAUUCUUAGGAAUUGGUUUCCAGCCCAAAUGGGGAGUGAAAGACAUACCUAUAAUGCCUAAGGGAAGAUAUGAGAUUAUGAGGAACUACAUGCCAAAGGUUGGCUCUCUUGGACUUGAUAUGAUGUUUCGGACAUGCACUGUUCAGGUUAAUCUGGACUUCAGUUCUGAAGCUGACAUGAUCAGGAAAUUUCGUGCUGGUCUUGCUUUGCAGCCUAUUGCAACAGCGCUAUUUGCCAAUUCACCUUUCACUGAAGGAAAACCAAAUGGUUAUCUUAGCAUGAGAAGCCAAAUUUGGACUGAUACCGAUAAGAACCGCAGUGGCAUGAUUCCCUUUGUUUUUGAUGACUCCUUUGGGUUUGAGCAGUAUGUAGAUUAUGCUCUAGAUGUUCCAAUGUAUUUUGUCUAUCGAAACAAGAAGUACAUUGAUUGUGCUGGACUGUCCUUCCGGGAUUUCAUGGCAGGAAAACUCCCUUCUAUUCCAGGUGAAUUGCCUACGUACAAUGAUUGGGAGAAUCACCUGACAACAAUAUUUCCCGAGGUCAGGCUGAAAAGAUACCUGGAGAUGAGGGGCGCUGAUGGAGGACCUUGGAGGAGGUUAUGUGCAUUGCCUGCGUUUUGGGUGGGUCUGUUAUAUGAUGAAAUUUCUCUACAAAAUGUACUAGACAUAAUUGCUGAUUGGACCACAGAAGAAAGAGAAAUGUUGAGGAAUAAGGUACCAAUUACUGGUCUAAAGACACCAUUUCGAGAUGGAUUGCUGAAACAUAUUGCUGAGGAUGUUGUGAAGUUCGCAAAGGAUGGCUUGGAAAGGCGAGGCUAUAAGGAAACUGGAUUCUUGAAUGAAGUAACUGAGGUGGUUAGAACAGGGGUGACACCAGCCGAGAGGCUUUUGGAAAUGUACCAUGGGAAGUGGGGACGAUCUGUAGAUCCCGUAUUUGAGGAGCUGCUAUACUGAAUUGAUUUAAGUAUCAAUUCAAUAUUAGGUGGUGUCCUUUGUGUAUACACUUCUCUCCAAUUUUGGGUGUAUUCUCUGUUGUUUCUGUCCUGAACUCUUUUCAUAUAAGGCCCACUGCCAGAUUGUCUUGCAGGAAUAAAUUGUAAUGUGUAUGCUUGUGAUGAAGCUUUUCAUCCUGCUCUUACCUGUUACUAUUAGAUCAAACUUCUUUCAACUUGAUUCAAUAUUGUAUGUUGAGCUUGUGGUGAAAGUGAAGAAAUUAAAUUGAAUUUCCAAAUACAAUUACAGUAAA